GUGAGACGUAUACAUAUAUAGAUUGGAAAAUAAGAGUAUAAAAGACAAACUCGAUACGUGGAUUUUCAUCAGUCGCUUGCGAUUUCGACUUCUAAGAAGCUCAAGCAAAUCAACACAAAAUGAAAUCCCUGUUAAUCCUCUUCGCCAUCGUUGCCGUUGUGGCAGCCUUCCCCGAACUAGAAAGGGAACGCCGAGGGGUCAUCGCGGCCCCAGCCUUGGCAGCGGUACCUCUUGCACCCACUAUUGCUCUCGCAGCCCCUAAAAUCGCUCCUGCUAUCGCUCUCGCACCCGCUCCUAAACUUCUCGCGGCGCCAGCAGUUGUAGCCGCCCCAGGCCCGUGGAAAGCAUGGUAAAUCGUUAUUUAGCAUCUUGGCGUAACUGGACUUUAAGUAUUAUAACAAAACAACGAUGAUGGGAAGCUCUUCUCAUUAUGGAAAAUUCGAAUUCGGUUACAUCCCCCUUUAGGCCGCAAUCGAUCAUCCAUAAUCGGC